AUGAUUACUAAAGUUUCAACCUGGGCUACCUCUAUAUUAGCACUCCUAUUUACAUUAUCACUAAUAUUGUUCUUAAUUACAACGUUUGAGGCACAAAAACAACAAAAGGGUAAUAACCAGCUUCCGUAUACGAAUGAUUGGCAUGUACUUGGCUAUGAAAAGGUUAACUCUAUUCAAGUGAAGAAACAAAAAUAUAAUGGAACUGAUUCUCUUCAUAAUUCCUAUGCAUUACAUCGUCUUUUAUGUUAUGAUCCUACAGAGUCUGCAAAAUCAAUCUUAAAUACAUUAGAUGUACUCGUUUUUUUCAUUCAUGGAAAUUCUGGUUCAUAUAAGCAAGGUGGUAAAUUAGGGUGUGCUUUAAAGAAACGACAAAGUAUUAUUCGUGAAGUAUACUCAUUUGAUUUUGCAGAACAGGCGAAUAUUCACCGUGGUAGACUUCUAUGGCAACAAGCGGAUUUUGUUGUUCAUACUUUAAAAACACUGCGGAAUGAAGGAAAUAUUAUUCAGCAACAGGAACAGAAAUAUAAAGGGCAAACGACUACUACUACUACUACUAGUAGUAGUAGUACUCCCUUCCUCUGGCUUAUUGGUCAUUCUAUGGGUGGUGUAGUUGCAGGAUUGGCUCUUGAGAUGAUAAUGUUAGAGGCAAAAGAAAUGAUUCCAUUUUUUCAUGGUAUUAUUAUGCUGAACUCACCAUAUCGUCAACCUCCUAUUUUUUUAGAUGAACCAAUGUUACGUCUAUACUUAAUUCUUUGGCAGAAUGUGAAUAGAAACAAUACCAUUAUACAUUAUCCACAAAAUGUAUUACCUCGUAUGGUUUCUAUUAGUUCUGGAGCAUUAGAUCUUCAGGUGGAACAAAAGUUGACUAUUCUUCCUACAAAUAGUGGUGAGAAGGAUCUGAAAAGGUAUUUUAAUAUACGUACAGAUAAUCCUACUGUAUGUGGUAAAAUGUUAUCACAUAAUGAUAUUGUUCAGGAUUAUUGUGUAAGUGAAUUUGUUGCUUCUUUUAUUGUAAAUGCGUCUAUAAAUAAAAAAUGGAAGGGUGAGGAAUAUACAAACAUAGUAUCUGUACCAGUAACUUAUACCUCUUUUUUUUCACGUUGGGGAGAGUGGAGUGUAGAAGAUCAUACACUUCCUAUUGCUGUAGUAUCACUUUACACCGCAUUAAUGUUAUCCGCUAUAUUUCCAUUAAUACCUCAUUUAAUUUAUUUAUCCAGACCUUUUACCCAUAUGAUUUACUUACGUGUACCUUUUCUAUUUUCCUUUGGUAGACAAUUACUGGCAAUCUUUACAGUACCACCUGUUAUUGGUGUUGUGCUUAUGACACUCUUCAUUGGUACAGUGAGUCGAUUGUUUAUAAAGCAAAUAAAUUGUUGUUUGUUUCAUUUUGGAGGUAAUUGGUGUUUGUUGCCGUGGGUUGCAGAUAGUCUUAUGUGUAUACCAACGAUAAAUUUCACUCGUACCUUUUUUACUACUAUUGGUCCAUUGUUAAUGGGUUCUUGGAUUGGUGUAGCAGCUUAUCAUCUCCUUGGAUUAUUGUUGUGGUUAACUAGACGUGGAUUAAUGAUGAUGUGGUCAUAUUUUCCAUCUUAUAUGCUUCUUCGAGGCUUUCGUCGAAUAUUUUCUACCUAUGGUUCCAACUACCACAGUUAUCUCUACUAUUAUUAUUACUACUUUCCAGCGAUAGUGUACAUGACUACAUUUAUAAUAUGUGAAUUACUUUCACUUAAAAUCUCACGACGUGCGUUGGUGUGGCUUGGUUUCUUAUUGUUUCUGUUUUCAAUAUUAUAUAUAUGUAAAAAAGAGUCAAAACAUGUAUUUCAAUAUUAUUCUGUAAUAAAUUCUCAAUUACUGGUAUUAACCUAUGCAUUAUUGUUUGUACUACAACUCCAACCAUUUUUCGUUCUGAGAAAUGCCUGGAUAUCUGGUACGAAUGAUAGUGAUGAUGAUAUUACAGUGAUAGAUGGAUACAACCGUGUGGUGGAGAUUUUUCUUCAUAUAUUGAUUAUUAUUCAUAUUCUUUGGCCUAUCCGUUUCUCUUUAGAAGAGCAACAUCGACAACUAAAAUCUUUUUUCUGUAGUCGAUGCCUUGAGUCAUUGAUGGUUGUCUUUCUAAUGGUUGCGUUUUCUUUAUUGGUUCUCUCACUUGUAUUUAUGAAUGCAAUACCUGUGGAGUCAUUUCGUAUUGUAUGGGUUCUCGUUUGGGGUUUCCCAGCAUUACUCUUCUGUAAUGUACUGGUUUACUUUGUGGGAUCUACACAUACUCCAAAUGCUUCUAAUCCAAUGAUGGCUAUGGAUGCCUCUAUUGUCUAG